GGCAUGCCCCGGGGGAGGGAGGCAGGGAUGGGGCUUCAGAGGCAGAGCCACCCCCGGGUGACUCAGACCCAUCCCUGCCUGAGGGCACCUGGCUCAGAAGGUACAACACCUGGCACAGAAUAUAUGACAAGGGCUGCCUUUUCUUGAACAAUUCUUGCACUUCAUCCCAAACUGGACAAACUAUUUAAAGUGAGCAUUUACCGAAAUGGAUCGCUACAGAUAUUUCAUCUUCAACCAGAAAAGUAUGGUUAUUUUGGGACUCUUCCAAAUAGCUUGUGCCACAAUUUGCAUCGUCAGUGGAAUAAUAGAUGGUGCAAACAGAAAGGAAUCAGCACUGAGUAAAUCUAGGAUACCUAUCUGGGCUGGAGUGUUCAUGAGUGUUCCUGGAAUUAUGGCUUUGUUUUCUUCUCAGAAAAAGAAUCCAGUUCUGGUGUAUGCAAUGAUAAUUGCUUCUGUGUUUUCCUGUCUCACAACUCUAAUUGUAAUUAUCUAUGCCGCCAUAACAUUAGAAUAUGGUGAAAAAUAUAAGAGCUUUGAUAGUGUACCCACCAAUCAUCCAGUUUUAUUAUUUGUGCUUGAUAAACUUGUGGAAGGAGCCAACAUCACACUCCUGAUUGCAUCUAUUGCUAGUGCCUUUAUUGUGCUAAUUAUUGCCUAUGUUAGUAGCCGAAGUCUGCCAUGUUGUUCCUGCUAUGACAGCAUAACUGGAUUUGAAUGGUUACAUUCCAACGAAGACCAGCUCCAAACUUCAGAAUUAGUUUGCAUUUCAUCUGGUCAAACAGACAGAAUUUUUAAUUCUCCAGUAAAACUUCCAGAUGUAAAUGUGGAAGAUGAUGAUGAAAUGACCAAACCUCCUCCAUACAUUCGACUCACUUAAAAAAAUCAACAAGGAUUUGUUUAAGAGACUCUUUAUAAUUUAAGGAUAUGUCUGGAAAUUCUGUGAAAUUCUUUCAGAGAUAACUGAAAAACUACUGGCAUUCUUGA